AUGCGGGCGGCGCGGCGGUGCGGCGUGUGCGGAGCGGCGGGCGGCGCGGCCAAGUACCGCUGCCCGCGGUGCGCCGCCGCCUACUGCUCCGUGCCGUGCUGCAGGACCCACAGGGAGCGGUGCGCCCCGGAGCGGGAGGCGGCGGCGGAGCACCCGGCUCAAGCGGCCGCGCCGCCGGCGCCGCGCUGCUGCGGCUCUGCUGCGCCCCCGGCCCCGGGCAGCCCCUGGUCGGUGGCGGACAUCCUGACGGAAGACGACGAGCAAGACCGAGUUCCGCUGCAGAAACUCAAGCUUUUAGGGGAAUCAGAAGAACUGAGAGGCUUGCUUCUGAAUCCACAUCUCAGGCAAUUACUGCUAACGGUAGAUCAAGCAGAAGAAAAAAACUCCCUCAUGAAAAAAUACAUGCAGGAGCCAUUAUUUGUUGAGUUUGCAGACUGCUGUUUGAGAAUUGUGGAACCCCCAGAGAAGGAGAACAUUCUUCCUGAGUGAGCUGCUUUGGGAACAUUUUUCUUUUCCUGAAAUUUUUAUCCUCUCGACAGAAGAGAUCCUGCAGUACUGUGAGCUAUCAUGCUACAUCAGUCUUUAUUUCCUCUAGCUUUGGUCACAUUUCACUCAUGGACGUCUGUGCUGUAACUUUCACUUUACUGUUGAUAAGCAAUGACAUAGGCAGUCAGACAGUGUUGGAAAGGAGAGAUUUCUCAAUACUAGGAAUUAAACUUGAUAUAUUCUGUUGGUACAAAUGCUCCUUCCCAAUUUAAAAAAAUUAUUAAAUAUGUCAGUAUUUAUCUUAAUCCACAAACAAAUCUGAAAUGUUCUUAUUAAUUAAGUCUUGUUGGGAAGGGUCAGACACGUUUGCAAGAUAUUUAACAGUUUAUUUAAAAGGGGUGUACAGAGAUUAACUAAGUGUUUUCAAGGUCCAUGUGAGCAACAAAAAGAGACUGUAUAAAGCUCCUCUGAUGAGAACUAAGAACCUUAGUGCCUUGCCAGAGUUGAUGUUGGUGACUAGCUAGUGUUAGAAAUCCACAGCAGUUGUGAGAUUUCAUAGAUUUUGGUCCCAUAGGUUAAAAGAGUACAAUUUCACUUUUCCCUGAGACAUCUGCCUUCAGUGUUGUAUUUGACUGCUACUCGCUUUCUCAGUCACAGUCAGAAGCGUUAGGAUAUUACUGAAGACUAGCAUGGUCAAGCAGAAGAGUUGUUUGUACCUCCUGAUGAGAAUUCAGCAGAAAAAAAGUGUUUGCAUUUUUCACUGUCUCAUUACCAGCCUCUUGCUUCUCCAUGUAGUGCUGAAGUGUUCUGUUCAAGUAUACAUUGUUUAAAGUAUUUGACCUAUUUUAAUUAAGUCAAGUGCUCUUGUAGUACUGACAUUUCCUCUAAUAUGUGCAUAUUUGUGACAGGAGGAAUGCCCUCUCACCAGCUUGUUCUAAAUUUGAAGUAUAUUAUAACGAUACGUAGAAUGCAUGACUAUGGAAAGCUCUGAGGUAGCAGCAGACAUGGACGUUGAUUAAAGUGUUUGAAAGCAGCAGCUUACAGGCAGUCCUUCCCUGAAAAGUACAGUACGUGGAGAUGGCCGAAACUUAUGCUGGAAGGAGUUUUUUUCUGUCCAAUAAAAUUUGGUUAAAUCCAGUUACAGAAUAGGCAUCUGUAUGGGGAAUGACAUUUGCAUAAUGCAGGGGAGACUUCUUACAGUGAAACUUGAUAGAGCCCUAGAAGAAAACGAGGUAGAGAGAUCAAUUAAUGUUCUGCCAGAUUUUGAGCUAGAUUUUGCUACUUGUGCUAAAUAGUGCUUCAGUAUCUAAGCAGCCAUUGCACAUGAAUAAGGAUAGAGGAAGCAUUCCAGGACAGUUCUAAUAGAAAUGGAUUUAAGUUAAAUGAUUACUACAAACAGCAGCAAUAGUAUGAUUUGAAGUAAAAUCAGUUUAAACUCAAAUCUUUGUUAUCUAGUCAGUGGUUGACUUAGUACAUGUUUGCUCCAAAUUGUAAUAAUUGUGACCUUUCAAAAGUUACAGGCUUAGUUUUAGGCAACCUCAAAAAAACUUGCCUACAAAAGAAAAAAAAAAGUGUACAGGCACAAGAUGACUGGUAAUUGUAGAGCAACUUAACAGAGAACCAAGUGUGGGUUGUGAAUUAUUUUUAGUACUAUUCUGCAGGUAAGUGGGAGGUGAAAUACUCCAGGGUUGCUCCCAGAGUUGCUGCCCUGAAAAUCCUCUAUCCUAAUUAGUCAGUGAGUAGUUGUCUGCACAGUGAAGUUAAUGCAGAAUUACUGAUUAUGUAUCAAUAAACCCAGUUGCUUUUCCCUAAAUAGACACUUAUUUGUUCACUUGUUGUGCAGCUUCAAUCCCCUAAACAGAAAAAAUACCUAAUGCAGAACAGCAGAGACCACGUUAGAAUUCUUUGCUCUCCAUUUCUGAAGCACAGAGUUGUGGUCAGUUUGUUAAGAUUAAGGAGAGUUUUCAUUCUUAGUUAAAAGACUCAACUUUUUUAGUCAUUUGUCUAGCUUGACCUAUUUGUCAGACUUAUCAUGGCACAUCUAAGGCAGUGAAAAAGAGGAAGAUCAUAGCUUGACAACAGAUUUUUUGCUGGUACUGUUACAGGAUGGUGAACUUAGCUUAAGCAUGCUACUGACUCAAGUGUGUGAGGUACAUUACCUGUGGCAGAGCUCUAACAGAAGUGAUGCCACAACCAAAGAAACCAUUUUCCAUCUUGUAGCUAUCAUUCUCCUGAAGUACCUUCAAGCACGCCAGCAGAGACAGGUCUCUCCGCAGUCCCCCUAUGGUAACAGGUGCAGCACACAGGACAAGGCCCAGAGGCCAGAACUUAAUUAUUGCACUGAGUGGCCAAGUCGUUUCCAAAGGACAGGGUGAACUGGCUGAGGUCACCACAGCUCCAGGGAAAAACAGUGUUUUUUCUUCACCAUCAUCCAACUCUUCUGCUGCUAAUGCAGCCAUUUUUGUCUGAUGAAGAGAUGCAGAGCAAUAUGCUUGAACACAAGACUUAAAACAGCAAAACUAAGUUACAGUCUACAGAAGAGGAUACCUUAAAGGAUAAGACAGUAUUUGGGACAUUUGCCCAUUUGAUCAAGAUAAAUAGGAGUGAGUUCAUUCCGUAUCCUUUGCACUGCCACCUUGUAGAAGCAGUUAUUCAAGACUGGAGUCUGUUUGUCUGCUCUUCUACUUGAGAAGAGUUUUCUGGAGACUGGACAGUACUGCUUUGGUACAGUUACUUGACAGAGCUAGAUUCUUUCCCAAAUGCCUAAAAAGCUUAAGUCACUCAAUUCAGUGCUUUUCUGUACUAAUGUACUUACUUUCCAUUUCCUCCAGCCAUGCUUUAUAACAUUAGCAGCCCUGCGCAUCCUUUGGAAGCGAUUCUUGGCUAACCAGGAACGAAUAGCUGAAGAUUUAAUUAAGAGAGAUCUGAGUACAAAGAAUCUCAGAAGCUGUCACACAUAAUGUAAGGGAUGGCACUUAAACUUUCUCCACGUCUGAUUAGAAUAUCCUCUCCUGCAACUUUAAACAGCUAGUGUAACUGGAAAUGUUACAUCAUGCUUAGCUGCACUCCGUCAAAUUACCUGCUUGGAUGACAGUUGCAGACCAUCUCUCCUUUGCUAUUUUCUUCUGUUUAAAUCUUCUCCAGCAACACUGAAUGAGAAAUGCUUUCUCAUUUAACACAUGUACUCUUCUAGCUUCAAGUUGCUCUAGCUGCAUUGAGGACACAAGUCUGCAGUUAGUACUCUGGGACAGAGUUGUGUUCACCCUUCUGCCGUAAUUUUGUGUUGCUCAGAAAACCACGUAUGCUGCAGCAAUUAGUGAAUAUGUAUUUCAGUUUUAAGACUGCUGAAUCGUAUUUUAGAAGUAAGAGCACUGCUUUUUAAUGCUUAUUAGCUAACAUCUAAAAUUAAAAGGAAAGCAUAAAUAUCUGAGGGCAAAAGUAAGAGUAUUGUGGGGAAAAAAGCAGACAGUCUCAAAAUCACACUACCAUCUGGCUUAAAAUUAGCUCUGUUGAAGGGAGUUCUUUUAUGGGUGCAUCCUUCAGUAUAUAAGCUUUGUAAAAGUGCCUAAGUGCCUUCAUCUUCAGAUUUUUCACAGUGAAUAUGCUUAGGCCUGUCAGAGUAGCCAAGUCUGUCAGCUGAAAUUAGGUAAAGCUGUAAUCUCUACUGGAACUGAGAAGACAUCAAUGCUAACAGACGAAUGCAGCUCCUUGCCCAUUAACAACAAGAUUACCACUGAAAAAAGUCUGCUUCAGUUGGAUUAUGAUGGAUGGACAUAGAUUAAUAAAUUUAAAGGAAGAAUGCCAAAUUCUGUUCCUACUGAAAUUCAGGAAUAUAGCCCAAUGUCAUGAUGAUAAUCAUCUGUGCCAAAACUCCUGAUUAUGCAAGUAUGCUUCAGAACUCUUAGCCAGGGAAAUACCAUUCUUACCACAGAAUUAGUCAUAAAUACUUUAGUUUUGCCACAGUACACUGAAGAGUUUUCUGAUCUGUUUCCUGUUGGCUCAGUGGUAGUUUGUCCCAUAACCACAUUCUGAAGGAUGUUGUAAAUGACAGAACAUAAUGGUUUAUCAUCCACUUCUACAGUCUCACCUGUAAAUGAAGCAUUGAAGAGAAGGUAUCGUAGAACUUAAACAGUAUCAAAUAACUGUCUUUAUAUGGAGACUUCUUGGCCGUUUAGGAAGUAUAUAUCUACAAGGAGGGGAGGAGGUGACAACUGAGGUAUUACUAUACUAGUUUUAUCUAUGUUUAAUGGAAAAAAUGUAAUAGCAUAGAUUUCACCAUGUGUUAGCUAGAAAACUAGCCUAAUACAUUUAAAUAGGAUGUAGUUUGGUUGCUAACCCGUGUUGUCUUACUACCUCCAUUCUAGCGUAUGCAGACCAGCACAGGUAAGAAAUAAUCUUUUGGGCAGAUGCAGACAAUGGCUCAAUUGUUCUUGCACUGUUUAAAGCGUCCUGUGUGGAAACAUUAGAAAGCAACAGCAGUGCAAUUAAGAAUACACUUGAGUAGCUCAGGCCUAAGGAAAUCUAAGGAAAUACCCAAGACUGCAAACUAUUGGGAACAAAGAGCAAAAAAAAUAGAGAAAUUAAACUUAUAGCUUAGUGUACAGUAAAAUACCGGAAAAGAAAAGGAAGGAAUGCAGCUACAGUUCCAAGGCUUUUACAAGGUGCCAGAAGCAGCUAAAGGAAUCGAGACAUGUAUUAAGCAGCAGUUCACUAUAGCAACCAGUGGUUAUUAAAACACUUUGAGGUAAUAGUAUAUAGCUUUUUUGCAUUAUGAGACAAGCAGGUUAGACAGAUGAACCUAUUUGGAAAUAGAGGUAGACAUAAUUCAGACCUGUCCUUCAAAGUGAUUGUAGUGUUCAAGGCAAUGCUGUACGAGUAUUCUGCAUGCCCGAUGCAGGAAUUUGAUGGUCUUUGUAUCUUGCCAUCUUUAAUAGUUUGCUUUUCUGCUAUAGGAGAUGAGAGCGUUUUAAGGUACUGAAAACAAAUAUAAACAAUUUUUGCUUACACAAAAACA